AUGUCCUCGAAAUCUCGAUGGGCCGAAGACGACCCUGAGACGGAAGCUCUCAUCGCCCAACGCAAACGGGAAAAGUUAGAGAAACGACGCGCCAAAGCCGAAAAACAACGUCAGCUCGAGCAACAACAAGAGCAACAGCAACAAAAUCCACCAUCCCAAGCUCCCGUCCCCCCAGAAGCAAAUGGCGACACGGACGCUCCUCCCAAGAAACGCCGACGGCUAUCCAAUGGGCCGCAAGAGCAACAGACACAGCAGCAAUUAGAAUCUUCCGAGCCCGCAAAUGCCAAACCACAAGAGGGCAAGUCGAAGCUCCUUCGCUUCCCUAGACAGGGAUGGGGUCCCUGUCGCCAUGUGGAUAAUUUCGAACGUCUCAAUCACAUCGAGGAGGGCUCGUAUGGCUGGGUUAGCAGAGCGAAGGAGAUCACGAACGGUGAAAUCGUGGCCCUGAAAAAACUCAAGAUGGAGAACUCGCCGGACGGGUUCCCUGUGACGGGACUACGAGAGAUUCAAACGUUAAUGGAGGCGCGUCAUACGAAUGUCGUUUACUUGCGUGAGAUUGUCGUGGGCAAUAAAUUGGAUGACGUCUUCCUCGUCAUGGACUUCCUCGAACACGAUCUCAAAACCCUCCUCGAUGACAUGCGCGAACCAUUCCUCCCGUCGGAAAUCAAAACCCUCAUGCUUCAGGUCCUCUCCGGACUGAACUUCCUCCACUCGCAAUGGAUCAUGCACCGUGAUCUCAAGACCUCCAAUCUCCUCAUGAACAAUCGCGGCGAGCUUAAGAUCGCCGACUUUGGCAUGGCUCGGUACUAUGGCGAUCCGCCGCCCAAAUUGACCCAGCUGGUCGUGACAUUGUGGUACCGGUCGCCCGAGUUGCUCCUGGGGGCUGAGAAGUACGGCACCGAGAUUGAUCUGUGGAGUAUCGGGUGUAUAUUCGGGGAGCUUUUGACCAAGGAGCCGUUGCUGCAAGGGAAGAAUGAAGUUGACCAGGUGUCUAAGAUUUUCGCCCUCACUGGUCCUCCCACACCGCAAACAUGGCCUGGCUUUCGAUCCCUUCCAAAUGCAAAAUCCCUCCGUCUUCCACCGUUUUCGUCUGAUUCAUCGAGCGGUUUGCCAUUGUUGCCUCGCUCCAAAUUCCCCUUCUUGACGAAUGCCGGGCUCCAUCUUCUCUCCUCUCUCCUGGCGUUGAAUCCCGCCUCACGUCCCACCGCCCAGGAAUGUCUCUCCCACCAAUACUUCCGGGAAGACCCUCGCCCCAAGCCAAAGGAGAUGUUCCCUACCUUUCCCUCCAAGGCCGGAAUGGAGAAGCGGAGGCGCCGAGAAACCCCAGAGGCGCCGAAACGCGGCCAGGAUGCCCCAAAGCUGGACUUUGCCAGUGUAUUUGGUGGUCAAUCUGGUGGUGACGCCGGGGAGACUGGGGCGGGCUUCACGUUACGUUUGGGCUAG